AUGUUCGCUCGAUCCGCCCUCCUCGCCGUGCUCUCCUCUGCUGCCCUCGUCGCAGCAGCCCCCGCUGCCGCCAUCACCGACACCAGCAUCCUCAACUACGCCCUCACUCUCGAAUUCAUCGAGUCUGCCUUCUAUGAACAGGGGCUCGACCAGUUCAGCGACAUCGACUUCGUCCUCGCCGGCUUCGCCCCCUGGGUCCGCGGUCGCUUCACCCAGAUCCACGCCCACGAGCUCAGCCACGCAGAGUUCCUCACCUCCCAGCUUCAGGCCCUCGGUGUCACCCCCGUCCAGGCGUGCACCUACUCCUUCCCGUACACGGACGUGCAGUCCUGGGUCACCCUCUCAAUGACCCUCGAGGGCGUCGGCUCCGCAGCGUACAUGGGCGCCGCCAAUUUCAUCUCCGACAAGAACGUCCUCAUCGCCUCGCAGUCGAUCGCCCAGGUCGAGGCGCGCCACAACGGUUGGGUCUCGUCUGCGGUCAAUCAACUCCAGCCGUGGGACGGCCCUUAUGAGACCCCGCUCUACUUCAGCCAGGUUUUCUCCCUCGCCAUGGGCUUCGUCGUCGAGUGCCCCGCGACGAACCCCGCACUACCCGUGUCAGUCUUCCCCGCGCUGUCCAUCUCGAACGCCGCGCCCGCGUCCGGCGACACCAUCACCCUCACGUACACCAGCAACGCCCCCAACAACGCGGGCCAGACGUACCUCGCCUGGUACUCGGGCCUGACCACGAUCUUCACGCCGAUCGUGAACGGGAGCACGACGGUGCCAGACGGCCUCCUCGGCACGGUCUACGCGGGCGUCGUCGCCAACCAGAGCGCGCAGACCGGCGACGCGACGAUCAUCACCGGCUUGGCCGUGUUCAGUUUCCCGUUCGGCGCGUUUGCUGCGGGGAACGCGUAG